GACACAUGGAAAAGAACUGCGGACAACUUUUGGGCGAAAUGGAAUUUUCCAAACUGCAUUGGCGUAUUAGAUGGAAAGCAUGUAGUAAUAGAAGCGCCAGCCAAUUCCGGAUCGCAAUACUACAAUUAUAAGAAAACGUUCUCCAUCGACGUCGGGGGAUACGGAAAGAGCAGCGCUGGGGGAAUUUUCGCCAAUUACGCGCUGGGCCUACGACUGGAGGCAGGCACUCUGGAUGUGCCCGAGGACAGGGAAUUGCCUGGCAGCGAACUUACCACCUCGCACGUCAUCGUUGCCGACGAGGCGUUUCCGCUAAAAACGUACCUCUUGCGCUCAUAUCCGGGUGCCGAGUUAACACACGACAAGUGGAUCUUCAACUAUCGGUUGACUCGUGCAAGGCGUACCGUGGAGAACACGUUUGGAAUUUUAGCUCAAAAAUUCCGCGUGUACCAACGGUGGUUGCGGGCAAAUCCACAAAAUGCAGACAAAAUAAUUUUAUCCCCUGCAUCUUGCACAAUUUUAUCCGCAACCUGCAGCAGGAACCGACCAACGUGGCGGCCGGAACAUUAG